AUGCUUUCCUGUUGUUAUUGUCAACAGCAAGAAGAUCAUUUAAUAAUUCGUUCGACUGAAAAAUUACCUGUACACACCGAAGUUAUCAAUCUUAGACGUUUAUUAUUUCCGAAUAAUAUAUCGGAUAUUAAAACUAUAGAUUUUAGUUUGGCUAAACGUGAUGAAUUUCCUUAUAUGUAUUUUUUAAUUAAUCAUUCAUCACAAGGCAUAUUAACCAUACGUAAAGAAAUCGAUCGAGAUGAAUUAUGUCGUUUACGCUAUUGCCGUUGUGAUACAUGGUGUGAUUUGGAACUUGAAAUAAUUGUUGAUAGGGAAGGAUUUAAUAUUGAAUUGAUAAUAAUACGUAUUAUUGAUCGUAACGAUCAUAAGCCAGUAUUUUUAAAGAAUCAAAUUAAUUUGACGAUUGUUGAAAAUGCACCGAUGGGCGCUAUGAUUAAAUUAGAAGCAGCUGUAGAUCAUGAUCAAGGGCCAAAUAGUAUUAUUGGUUAUUCACUUAUAUCAUCGAAAGCGCUUCCAUUUUCUCUUCUUUACAAUUUAAUACGUGGUGAUCUAUCACUUGUCGUUGAACAAGUACUCGAUCGAGAACUAAUAUCGUCAUAUACAUUUGAUAUUAUUGCUCGAGAUGGAGACAACCAAACAGGAAUAUUACAUGUUUUAGUUACAAUCGAUGAUAUCAAUGAUUCACCACCAAAAUUCGAACAAUUGGUUUAUAUCAUAAAUAAUAUAAGUGAAUCUAUAUCAAUCGAUUCGAUAAUUAGUCGUGUACAUGCAAUCGAUGAUGAUGACGGAGUUAAUGGAGAAAUAAAUUAUUAUUUAAUUAGUCAAGAUAAUUGUUUUCAUGUUGAUGCAGUAACAGGUGAUAUUCGUGUUCGAUGUUUACUAGAUUAUGAAACACAAACAACACAUCGAUUAGAAAUUGAAGCAAGAGAUAAAGGAGAAGGUUAUAAAACAGAUUUUUGCACAGUAUUAAUCCAUGUAUUAGAUGAAAAUGAUAAUGCUCCAAUAAUUGAUAUUUAUUCGCAUGAUAUCCAAACUGGCAUGAAUUCAUUAACAAUAUGCUUAAAUGAAUCAGUACCAAUCAAUUCUCUAAUAUUAUCACUUUCGAUAAUUGAUCGAGAUUCUGGUGAUAAUGCACGUGUUACAUGGAAACUUGAUCCAUUAUCGUUGAUUCCAUUUGAAUUAAUUCGUUUAACAGAAAGUACAGGUGAAUUACGUACAAAAAAUUUGCUUGAUUACGAACAUGUUUCUCAAUAUAAUUUAACACUCGAAGCACAUGAUCAUGGUCGGCCAUUUUCAAGAUCAACACAUUUAAACAUAUAUAUUAUCAUCCUAGAUGAAAAUGAUAAUAUACCAACAUUUAAAGAAAAUAAUAUGACAGCAACUAUAAACGAACAUGUUAAAUUGACAAGUCAAGAUGGUUAUGAAAUAUUUCAUCUUCAUGCUUUGGAUUAUGAUCAUGGCCUUAAUGGAGAAGUUGUCUAUUCAAUAAUUAAUAAUGAAAAUAAUGUUUUUCGCAUCGAUUCAAAUACAGGAAUAAUUCGAGCCCUGAUAGAACUCGACAAAAAACAACACGAUAAAUAUAUUUUACAAGUUAAAGCACAAGAUAAAGGACAACCGUCAUUAUCAUCUCAAGGAACAAUAACAUUUACAGUUAUCAGCCAAAACGAAUAUCCUCCUGAAUGUGAUAUUAAUAAUAAUAAUCUUUCGUGGUCUAUACUGGAAAAUAGUGAAUAUGGUACAAUCAUUGGUAUGUUAUCAUGUCGUGAUGAUGAUAAAGAUCUACCCAAUGGAGAGAUUAGUGUACAUCCUCAAUGGUUUCCUGAAGGAAAAAUAGAUGCUCAAAAUAAAUAUAUGAUUCCAUUUGAAAUAAUGAUAACCAAAAGUAAUAUUACUGAGUCAACGCUAUUGAUAAUAAUAUCAGUAAAUGGCUCAGUAGAUCGUGAAAUGUUUUCCUUCUAUGCAUUGACUCUUGUUAUAUCGGAUCAUGGAAAUCCAUCUCUAUCUACAAAUAUUUCUAUUGAAAUUGAAAUACUUGAUGAGAAUGAUCAUUGUCCACAAUUAAAUAUUGAAUCAUCAUUUAUUAUGAUAAAUCGCGAUGUAACACAAUCAUAUUUUCUAAUAAAUUUAGUUGCCUUCGAUCUUGACAUUGGUUCAAAUGGAAAUAUAACAUUUGAAUUAUCACCUGAAACAUCACCGCUAUUCAUCAACCUAUAUCCUAAUGGUACAUUGAUUGUUGAAACUGAUUCAUAUUUGAUUGCAGAUGAUUCGUUAGUACUGUUACAUGUACAAAUACGAGAUCAUGGCCAACCAAUACCAUGUCUUAUCGUUGAAACUCUACGUUUAUUUAUUGGUACUAAUAGAACUAAUUGGAGUCUUCCUACCGAAGGAUUUCAACAAGGUAAACGAAUGGCUAAUGCGUAUUCAAUCUCAUCAUCCUCACGGUCGUCUUCUCUUUUCCAAUUUUCUUCAUCAAUAUCUUUAUUGUCUACACGUAAACAAAUUUUAUCAGUAUUUAUUGGUUCAUCAAUUCUUAUGUUUAUUGUGGUGUUAACAAUGGUAUUGUGUUUCAUUGAUUGCAUUCAUAAAACUGCUAAAGAAAAAAAGCAUAAUCUAUCAUUGAUUAAAUCAAAUAGUAUUAGCAAUAAUAGUUCAACUCCUUUAACAAAUACUAAACAUGAUUUUAAUUCAUUGCCAACGGGAAAAAAAACUUUCUACGAAGAUAAUUCAUCAACAAACCAUUACAAAAGUUUCAUACCAACAACGAAAACGAAACCAAUUACGAAAAUUUUAUCAUCAACUUCACAUUCAUCGUCAUCUAUUGAUUCGACAACACGUGUUAAUACCGCUCAUAAUCGUGCAAUCACAAAUAAAUAUACUUAUGUAGCACUGAAUACAAGUGAUGAUUUCAUGCCUGUUGAUUUUGAUGAUAAUAUAAACAGUAAUGUUGAUGAUAAACGAUUCGAAUUAAUGAUGACUACCGUUUAG